AUGAAGACCCAGUACUCUAAGUUGACGAUUGCUUUCGUGGUGGUCCUUGGCCUCACAACUAUUAUUAUUUUGGUCCUUAUGGGGGUGUCUUUUUCUAUCGAAGGAUCACUGACUGUGAGACCUAAGAAGAUGGACAGUUUCCCACGUGCAUGCUUGUGUGGAGGUAAAGAUGUUUCUUUGGUAAACAGUGUACCAAAGGACCAAAUCAACCAAACCUUGAAACGCAGAGCAGAGGAGUACAGAAAACAUCAGAUCAGGAUGAAUGCAAACUUAGAUGUCGUACUCAUAGCUCCUUCCAACUCUCCACUUCAGUAUCCUAGUCAUGGCUUCACAGUUGAACCCUUGACAAAAAGCCUGAUUCCAGGCUUAGCAGUGCAUGCCCAGAAAAGGGCACUUUACAAGGUGUCAUUGAGUGUGUCCAGUGGUGUUCUGUCUGUGGAGAGCACAACAGACAUGGACCUGGUGGAGGGCCAGGGUCAGAACAAGCUGAACAUCUCAACCCAAAAUGUGACCCAGCUGAAUCAACUGCUGAGUCAAGUGUCUUACACCAGCACCAUCUACCACAUCAAGACCAGGGAUUUAGCGCGUUUCAUAUUUGAAGACAAUGAAGUCAUGUUCCCCAUUAUCAUUAAGAGGACCUCGAUGCCUGUUCUAUACGACCCUGGGACAGAUGUCAACUCCCAAGUGACAGUUACAACUAAGACGUUCUUGAGGUAUAAGGAACUGAAUGUUCUAAUUGAAAGUAUUCGGAAGUAUUACAAGGACAUCAAAAUCAUUAUUGCAGAUGACAGUUUAAACCCAGAAAGAGUGAAUGGCUCUAACAUUGAACAUUACAUUAUGCCUCCAGCUCAGGGCUGGUUUGCUGGCAGGAAUCUUGCUGUCUCUCAGGUAACCACCAAAUAUUUCCUGUGGGUAGACGAUGACUUUCAGUUUACCAGUGAGACCAAAAUUGAGAGUUUUGUGGAGAUCAUGGAGGCUGUGCCAGAGUUGGACAUUGUGGGUGGAGCUGUAGGUAAAAAUACAUUUUACUUCAAACUGGUGUAUGAAGAGGGGGACAUAAAUGAAGGAGGCUGUCUGUCCAGGUUUUUUGGAAAAAGACACCAGCCUCUUCCUGGAUACCCAGACUGCUCCCUUGUUGAUGGUGUUGUCAACUUCUUCUUGGCCCGGACAGAUUCAGUGCGUAGGGUGGGCUUUGACCCUCAGCUAAAAAGAGUGGCCCAUAGUGAGUUCUUCAUGGAUGGCCUUGGAGAUCUGUUGAUUGCCUCCUGUGGCUCUAUCAGAGUAGGUCACCAACCCAAGGUUGAUCGAGGCAAAUACAAUCAAUACAGGAUGCCGGGGAAAAGUGAAAAGACAGGGAAACUGGCCCUGCAUUUCUUCAAGAACCAUUUAAAAUGUGUCAGAUAUUGA